UCGAAUGAAUCAUAACCAAAAAAAUAAAACGUUCAAGUCAUUUGGUACGGUGUGUCAUCAUACACAAGUAUGAAUUGCGUAUGUAUGCAAGCCGGUAGACGCUCGUAGAUUGCGGCCGGUUGUUCAGCAGUUCAGUGUGAAAGCGGAGCUCUUAGUGCGCGGUCGAGUGUUCUUUCUUUCCGUUUGUCAUCGUAUUUUCGGGACAGCACGCAUCGUACAGAAGAAUGCAUUUUAUAAAAUUGGCGCUGCCUGUGGGGUUUACUCGAGUUAUUCGAAAUUUCGCAGUCGCAGCAACAGUCAUGAGUGGAAACGAGAAUUACAAAGAAGCUAAAUCGAUUUACGAUUUCACGGCCAACAACAUCAAAGGCGAGGAGGUUCCUCUCUCAAAAUACAAGGAUCACGUGUGCUUGAUCGUAAACGUGGCGUCAAAGUGUGGUCUCACGGCAACAAACUACAAAGAACUGAAUGAAUUAUACGACGAAUACGCAGAGUCCAAAGGUUUACGAAUUUUGGCGUUCCCUUGCAACCAGUUUAAUGGCCAGGAACCCGGAGGAAGCGACGAGAUCUGCAGUUUCGCCGACCGGCAAAAGGUCAAGUUUGACUUGUUUGAGAAGAUCGACGUGAACGGAGACGAUGCGCAUCCACUUUGGAAGUACAUGAAGAAAGAACAAGGAGGGACUCUGGGUAGCUUCAUCAAAUGGAACUUUACAAAGUUCAUCGUCAACAAGGAGGGCAAAGUAGUGGAACGACACGGCCCUAACGUGGAUCCCAGUAAACUGAAGAGCAACCUUGAGAAAUACUUCUAAGCGUUAUCGUACUAUUUUUAUAUAUAUAUAUUUAAUCUGCAACGAUUCACAUGUAGUACAUUUUGUAAUCGAGAAACACCAGUCUAGAAACGAUGCUUCGACUACAUCUCACUUUUAUCGGAAACAUAUUAAGCAUGUCGAUAUUUUAUAUACAUCCUAUCGUAAGAGAUUCGAGACAUACGGAUGUAAUGUAAUCACAGCUUUAUUUCUAUUUCUUUUCCGUUUACGAAACAUGACAUUGUACACACCUCGCA